AUUUUUAAAUAUUUUUCACCUAUGUAAAUUUCUACUUUUAAUAAUUUCAGCUCUCAAAUAAUCCAAUUUUCGCAGGGUAUAUAUAGCCCCCAAUGUUCAAAAAGGACCAAGAAAAAUCAAUCUCAUUAGCAAAUGCAAACUCAAACACAACUCAUGGACUCCUCCUUCUUCCAAUUCGAAUUCCCCACCCCCGAAUACAUGCCGGAUCCCGAAUCCGACUCCCCCCAUUACCUCUCAUGGGAACACGGCGUCUCCGGACUCCCCUUUAACGUUAACGACUCCGAGGAAAUGCUCCUCUACGGCCUCUUAGCCGAAGGGGCUGCCUCAGAGAGUAACUCCUGUUACUCCAUCAAGGCAGAGGAGGAGGUCGAGGAGAGCUCGACCUCCUCCUCUGCCUCUGUCGCCUCUGGGGAGAAGAGACAGAAGGCGUAUAGAGGGGUGAGGCGGCGGCCGUGGGGGAAGUUCGCGGCGGAGAUAAGGGACUCGACACGGAACGGGGUGAGGGUGUGGCUGGGGACGUUCGACAACGCGGAGGCGGCGGCGCUGGCGUAUGACCAGGCGGCGUUUGCGAUGAGAGGGUGCGCGGCGGUGCUGAAUUUUCCGGUGCAGAGGGUGAAGGAGUCGCUGCAGGAGAUGAAGUGUGGGGUGGAGGAAGGGUGCUCGCCGGUGAUGGCGCUCAAGAAGAAGCAUUCCAUGAGGAAGAAGAGAAGCAAAAGUAGUAAGCAUUUUGAUUUUGAGAAAGGAAGAAGCCAUGAUCUCAACACCACUAGUAGUAGUGUGGUGGUUUUGGAGGAUUUGGGUGUUGAAUAUUUGGAAGCUCUUUUGACUUCUUCAUCACCAUCUUCAUCACAAAGUUUUUGAUUUUUUUUCCUUUUUAUUUUUUUAUUUUUAUAUUUUUGGUGUUUCUUGAUCACUUUCUAUUGGUUAUCUUAUCUCUCUAUACUUUCUUGUGAAUUCCACUAAAGUGAAGGGAAUCAUUUGGAGAAGGUUUUUGUGAUCGAUGUUAAAUGAUGAAGCCUAUAGUAUUUUUUAAUUAA